UCAGAGUUGAACUGUUCCUGAUUGUGACCCAGUAAAUCCUACUGGAGGCCAUAAAUGGCCCUCGGACCGCAUGUUGGAGACCAAACCACCUGAAAGCAGAGAAAUGAUUGAUUAUAUAUGAAAGUUAUUCAGCCAGUGGAAACUCUGGAGGAGCAGCAGAGAGCCUUAGCUCAGGUGGCAGAACACAGAGGCACGCCACACUUUUCAGAUUUAAUAUUAAUAAUCUUUGAGUUUGUCUCAUAAAAUCCCGUUAAAUCCUCUGAGCAGCGCGCAAACAGGUGAAGGUUGAGGUGUGUGUGUGUGUGUGUGUGUGUGUGUGUGUGUGUGUGUGUGUGUGUGUGUGUGUGUGUCAGUCACGCAGGGGGCGGGGGUCCGUAUAGAAGCGGCGCCACGUCCGCCGCCGCGCAGGUCGCAUCAUGAUCCGCUCAGCUCCGCCGUGCGGGCCGAACCGGGCCGGCCAGCCGAACGGCCUGCGGGAUGAAGAGGAGGAUGAGGAGGAUGAGGAAGGAGACCUGGAGGACGAGGUGGACGCGUCGCACCUGGAGAAGUUCAUGCGGGACCGGAGGAGAGCGCGGUCGCUGCCCGCGUACCCCGCCGCGCUGCUGGACGGCGGCAGGAAGCGGGUCAAGUUCGCGGACUCGAUGGGUCUGAGCCUGGCCCGCAUCAAGCACUUCAGCGCCCAGGAGGACCCGCAGAUCCCGCCCAAGGUUCUGUCCCGGUACCAGAGCUUCCCCCCGCAGCAGCAGGACCCGCGGGCCGGGCCGGACCUGCCGCGGCUGCUGACCUGCUUCCCCGAGCCGCGGGACGCGGAGCGGCGGGUUCGGGAGCUGCGGGUCUGCCUGGAGAGGCUGGCCGUGACCCGGUUCGAGCUGCGGGGCCAGGUGCGGGUCCUGCGGGGCUGCGCCGUCAGGGAGGUCGGGGUCCGGCUCACCUACAACGACUGGCUGUCCUACGCGGACGCGCAGGCGGUGCCGGUCCCGGUGCCGGAGCAGCCCGGGUCGGAGUCGGUCCGGUUCGGCUUCACCGUGUUCAUCCCGCCCUUCAUGGACCCGGGCUCCGCCCUGCACUUCGCCGUGUUCCUGCGCAGCGACGACGGAGAGUUCUGGGACAACAACCAGGGCCAGAACUACUCGCUCCGGUACCGGAACCAGAACCAGAACCAGCCGGGCAGCCCGGAUCCCGCGCCGGCCGCAGAGGCUUCUCCAUCCCUCUGAGCGGAUCAGAACCAUCCGGAACCGCUCGACCACGUCCAGCAGUGGACUCCAGGCAGGAUGCUGGACCCGCCGGGGAUCCAACCGGACCG